AUGGGCGCGUGCGCAGCCUUCGUGAGGAUGCCGUGGGCGCUGUCGGUGAUUGCCCUGGUGUUGGCAUCGGCGGCGCUGCCGGCGAGAGCAGCAGGGGAGGACGAGACGUGCGCUGCUGACGGCAAGGGCUGCGUCGAGCUGCCAGUCUACCCCGACUGCGAGCACAGCUGCGACCGGCAACGCUGCAUCGGCCCGAACAGCGGGAACACUCAGCAGAUCUGGCCCGCGUGCCCCGACGGCCCAGAGGGCUGCAAGGACUGCGCAGACAGGAACCCGGACUGCCCUCAGUGGGCGCAGGCCUACGGUGGGCUGGGGUGCGAGGACAACCCGUCGUUCAUGAUCGACGUGUGCGCCCAUUCGUGCAACACGUGCCAUCUGAACGAUUGGGCGGUGCGGUGCAAGCACCUCAUGGACAUGCCUGACUCCUUGGGACCAGGAGACCUGAAUAAGACGUUUCAGCGGUUGCUCAACAUAAAGGGCCUUGAUGUGAAAGUUCUGAGUGAAGAUCCUUGGGUCGUGAUGUUCCCCAAAUUCUUGACCGAUGAGGAGAUCGAGUAUCUCAAAGACGAGAAGACGCGGGGACCGUGGCAGUCAGCGUCCGAUUCCGGCGAGGAGGACGAGUUUGGUAGGCGCCAGAUGGUUUUUUCUAGUAACAGGAAGACCGAUGUGGCUUGGUGCAACUGCGCAUGCUCAGAACACCCAAUCGGAUUGCGGCUCAUAUCCCGCGUCAGCGAAAUGCUGCAAGUCCAUCCUCAUUAUCAUAUGGAGUCCAUGCAGUUUCUGAAGUACACGCAGGGGAUGUAUUACAAAGCGCACCACGACGCAGCGAGGAUAGGCGCGCGUAACGAUCCACGAAACAUCGGCAAGCAUCGAAUUUUCACUUUCUUCAUGUACCUCAACGACGUGACGGAGGGCGGGGGCACUUAUUUUCCCCAGCUUUCGCUGAAGAUUCAGCCUGGGCGCGGUAACGCGAUUCUAUGGCCGUCGGUGCAGAACGACGACCCGUGGCAGGUCGAUUGGCGGACUCAGCACGAGGCAUUGGUGGUGGAGAAGGGCGAGAAGUUGUCGAUGAACAUGUGGUGGUACUUGGGCCCGAGCCAGCUGGCGCACGAUGUCGGCUGCUCCGGCUCGCCCCUCGGUUGA